AUGAGCGCCGCGGCCGCCCUUCCCUCCAGUUCAAUCGCAGGCUUUCCGGCUCCGGCUACUGCGUCUGGAUUUCCUGCCGGCUCGGUACCGAGCGGCGCUGCUCCCAUCAGCGGGAGCGUAAACGUUCUUACGUGGCAGGGCUCCUCGCUCUUCUCGCUCGUUUUUUCGACCUACUUGUUCGGGAUUAUCACUCACCAGGUGAUCACGUAUCGCGCACAAGCCCGCGGGGAGAAACUGCUGCGAUGUUGGGUAUACUGGCUAUGGGCACUGGUUGCAACGGGAACUUCAAUUGACAUCUACAACUGCUGGACGGUCGUACAAAGCAUCGAGAUGUAUCUUCUGAAGGGCGCGGGAGUGAGCAUAGCUGAUGCUGUCGUUGGCUCAACAGCGGAGAUGCUUGUUCAGCUCUACUUUAUCCGCGGUAUCUGGAAAGUGCGAAAGGAGCUCUAUCCAGAUUCGAAGAUCACCCUGGCUAUGUGUGGUACAUAUGUUCUUCUUGCAUUCGCGUCGAUGGCGACAUGGAUCUUGAGUAUGGCCUUCUCCGUUGGUGUCUUCGACUUGACCAAGAUCCAGGAAGUUAUCACAAUCAAGCUGUCAUUGGCUAUCAUCUUGGAUCUUUGCAUCACAUUCGACCUGGUCGUACUUCUCCGCAACAACACGAGCGAGUUCCCAAGCUACAAGCGGCGGGGCGAGAAUAGGUUCGAAGCUCUGAUCAUCUUCCUUGUAUCCCGAGGGACGGCUCUAGUUGCCACUCAGAUAGUCGCCCUGACAUUGACGUAUACUGUUGAUCUGAUAUCAGGCAUCAUCAUGAUCACGUCGUGUCUCCCUAAGAUCUACGUUUGGUCCAUGCUCCUCGUGAUUCUGAACCGGGAAGGGAGGCACACGUCGAUGCAAGCGUCCGAGCUUUACAGAUCUCGGUCCAUCCCGCUACCGGAGUUGGACUCGGUCGUGAUAGAGAGUGAGUCUUUCGAGCAAACGCGGUCAUACGAAGCGCAUCCUCUUGGGCCUGUUCGGACCCGGACGCGUACCAGCAACACGUCGUCGCACGAGAAACCGGACGGCGCUCAGGAUGUAUACUCGACGUGA